AUAAUAAUAGAACUUUCACGAGUUCAUGGAGAGAAUGUGAUUCAUAGGGAUUUGCAUUCCGGAAAUAUAUUAUUUAGAGAUAGUAAAUUUUGUAUUAGUGAUCUUGGAUUUUGUGGACCUGCAGAUAAACCAUUAAAGAGUGUAUAUGGAAAUCUUCCCUACAUUGCACCGGAAGUUAUUGCAGGAAAAGUAAAUACUUUUAAAUCUGACAUUUAUAGUAUUGGCAUACUUAUGUGGGAAAUUUCAUCUGGACAACCACCAUUUAUUAAAUACGAACAUGAUUAUGAUCUUGCAAUAAAUAUAAUUAAUGGUAUAAGACCAAAAAUUAUAUCAGGAACUCCUUUAGAAUAUAAAAAUUUAAUGAAACAAUGUUGGGAUGCUAAUCCAUCGAAUAGACCAGACAUUGAAAUACUUAGGAAAAGAAUA